AGAGAGUGUUUGCAUGAUCUCCACAGAGGAGAGAUCCAGCCAUGUGCUGAAUGUGCUGAAGGAGGAACAGUAUCAGUCGUGUUGCGGGUUUCGUUAGUAGACCGAGGAUCGUGAAGGAGGUUGAGGUUGAUCUCCUGCAGCGUUCGUUCUGCUCGUGCUCUCUCUCUCUCUCUUUAGACCCCCACACACACCCACCCGCUCGCUGCUCCGCGAGCCUGACCCCCACCUUCCCUCGGCUCGCCGGCGGAGAGGAGUGGACGCGGUGGCGAUGGACAUCUUUUCGUGUGCGCUGGUUUGUCCACACCCCUCCUGAAAGACUGAGAGAGAGUAAGAGAGAGAGAGAGACAGAGGAAUCGACGGGGACGAGUUCACAGCCUGCUCUCCUGCAGAAGGGAAAGUGACUGUGGAGGAAAAACUGACUGUGGGAUUUUUAUAAAGAGGAAACCGUUGGCUGUGCUGCUCGUCUGAUUUUUCUUUUCUCCACACGGAUUUAAAGACUCGGGUUGACUCGGAAUUAACCUCACACCAAUGGAAACAAACAUGGAGUCCCUCCAGAUCAGCGUCCACCAUGUCCCUGUCCGUCCGGCCGACGCGCCGAGUCCUCUCCAGGCCAAUCACUAGGAGUCAGUCAUUUGCUGGAGUCAACUCCUACGAUAAACACUACAGGAGCCUCUCUGUGUUCAGAACUCCAGCGGCUACAAGAAAGACUCCCUCCAGAGGAAGCAGGAUGUUCACACUCUCCACCAAAUCUCCACCUCCAAAGGUGCCCCAGCCUGAGAGGCUGGAUGAAGUCUACGAGGCCCUAAAGAGAGGACUCCAAUCUUACCUGCAGGUCCAUCAGAUGGAGCUGGACAGCCUGAAUCGCCAAAUGAAAGAAUCCAAGAGGAACUCUCGCCUGGGUUUCCUUUAUGAACUAGACAAGCAAGUAAAGGUGAUUGAGAGAUUCAUGAGACGGCUGGAGUUCCACCUCAGUAAGAUUGAUGAACUAUAUGAAGCAUAUUGCAUGCAGCGAAGACUGCGGGACGGGGCCAAUAAGAUGGUAAAAGCUUACACAGCAUCUCCAGGCAGCCGAGAGGCUCGGGAGAGUCUGUCCGAGGCCAACAAAGGGUUUAAAGAGUACACUGAGAACAUGUGCAUGUUGGAGAGUGAGCUGGAAAACCAGCUGGGGGAGUUCCAUGUGAAAAUGAAAGGUCUGGCUGGAUUUGCUCGUCUGUGUGCUGGAGACCAGUAUGAGAUCUUUAUGAAAUAUGGCCGACAGCGCUGGAAACUGCGAGGUCGGAUAGAGAUCAAUGGCAAGCAGGUGUGGGACAGUGAGGAGAUGGUGUUUCUGCCCCUCAUCACAGAGUUUCUCUCUAUAAAGGUGACUGAGCUGAAGAGCCUGGCCAAUCACGUGGUGGUGGGGAAUGUGUCAUGUGAGACCAAAGACCUGUUCGCCGCCCUGCCACAGACUGUGGCCGUGGACAUCAACGACCUGGGCACCAUCAAACUCAGUCUCGAGGUCACAUGGAAUCCAUUUGACAAAGAUGACCAAGCCUCCACAGCGAGCACAGUGAACAAAGCUCCUACAGUGAACAAACGUUUCUCCACCUACAACCAGAGUCCUCCAGACACGCCCUCUCUGCGCGAACAAGCUUUCUACUCAACCCCUCGGAGUUUGCCACCCAAGCAGCGCUGGUCUCUCCUGGACGUGUUCCGGGAUACACUGGCCGAGAAGCUGUCUCAAAGCUGCAGCUGUGGGGAUGUCUCCUCUGCCAGCAUUGGCUCCUCUCAGUCCCACAGUAAUAACAUGCUGAGGCGGCAGGAUGAGAUGGAGAACGGGACCGCCUGGUCAAACUCCUCAGAAUCCUCUGACGACUCGUCCAGCCCCCAGCUUUCCCUAGGUCUGCGCCACGCCCACAAGAACCUGGUCCAGCCUGAGGUUCAGGCUGCCGCCCCCUCCAUCGAGAUCUCCUUUACUCCACGUGAAUCGGCCACCUCCACGCCCACUCGCCUGGCCAAUCAGAAGGAGGAAGACGAGGAGGAACCGGAGAAAUCCCAGGUGACCACCAUCACGGUUACUGCAGAUGCUGCUGGGAAACCGGAAAUGCCAAAUGGCCACGCCCGCUUCUCUCGGUCCCUGAGCCACAUCAGCGAGAGCAGCGUGGAUGCAGCCCUGAUGGAAAGACCAGUAAGUGAAUGCUUCGAGCCUACCGAGGUGCCCUCAGCAUCGGCAACGGACAUGGUGAUGGACAUACCUGUCCGGGCUGAGCUGUGCAUGGUUAUUCCUGAACCUCAAGAUUCCAGAUCAUCAAUCUGCUCUGUAAGUAGCUCUGAAAUUGCACCACAUUCUACAGAGGAGACCUGUGUCUCUGCUACAGAAUCUGAGGAGCCUACAGCCCCUUCCAGAGCUAGCUCUGCCUCCUGCACCCGCAGCGAGGAGGAUUCAGUUUGUAUAUCUCCUAAAUCGGAGGCUAAUUCCCAGCAGAACGAUGCUGGGCCUUCAAGGACUGAGGAUUUGAUACAGGCCCAGGACUCAAAACCACUUACCCAGACCCAAAUAGACUCCACACAGGUCGAGAAGCCAGAGAAUAAGGCAGCGGCACAAGAAAUGGUCAGUGGUCUGGAGGAGGCCUUAAGUGCUGUGGUCUCCUCUCUCGAUGACUACAGGGGCCAGUUUCCUGAGCUGCAGGUUCUUGAGCAGGAGCUCAAGCUGCUGGAGGAAGCUCUAACUGGUCGAAGUCGAAGUCGCUCAUCCAGUGUGAGUUUGACAGUGGAGACGGCUCUUGGAAGCUUUGAUUUCCUCAACACAUCAGAUCUAGAGGAUGACGAGGAAGAAGAGGAGGAUGGGGAGAAGCGUAGUGUGACAGACAGUGGCACAGGAGCGGUGGAGGAGUGUGUGGCUGAUGAUGAGGGUUGCCAGGACCGUUGCUGGGACACUCCCUCAGGACCACUCAGCACAGGCUGCCAGGCUCUAGAUCGCACCCUGCUGGUCCAUCUGCACAACUGCAGCUCUCAACUGUUGAGGUUGGGGACAUUUGGGCCACUUCGCUGCGGGGAGAUGUACGCUCUGGACCGGCUGCUCCGAGAGGCUCGCGUACUUGAACUCAUUCGACGGGUUGCCAAGGACACUGCGGGCACCGCUGGCCAGCCAGAUGAAGUUAUUCCACAGUUAGAGCAGUGCCAGGGGGCUGUGUUGCUAUGGAGGCAGUGUACAGAUGGCUGCAGUGUGUUCAGCACCUCCACAGAGACUUUCCUGCAGACACUCAACAACACUUACGCCAGCAGACUACCGGAGAGAGGAUCCGGCUACACAGACACAGUGUUUUUGAGGUUAGUGGAGAGGAUUCUGGAGAAGAGGCUGCCGAGGCGAGGCGGAGGUGCAGCUAAAGAAAGUCUCACAAUUUUCCAGUUCUGGAGCUACUUGGAGGCAGAGGGUGUGAGUGAACUGGACACACACAUUACUGAGCUGGCUGAAGAAGUGUGGUUGGUGCAGUCUCUGCAGUCUGGUGAGCAAGAUGUGUUGCUGAAGGCCCUAAAGAGACCCCCAGAGUGCAGUUUGAAGCGUGAAGGCCUGCGGGCCGUCAGCCUGCUGUUAAGGGACCCCCGGGGGAAAGUGUGCAGCAGCGCCAGCUCACUGCUGCGCAGCCUGGCAGAGCAGCCACGACACAGAGAAAGGGCGUUGGUGAGCUGUCUGGAGCUGCUGGAGGACGAGAGUGUUGAGACCCGAGUCUGUGGAUGCAAGGCACUCGCACUUCUAAAGGCCAAAGAGAGCAUUGAGCAGCUGGUGUAUCUGUGUCGCACAGACAAGGAGGACGUGAGAGACGCAGCCAAACAAGCUCUUCUGGUGCUGGGUGAAGAGGGGAAGAUGGCACAUCGACAUGUGGAAUCGGCUCAGGAUGGAGUCCCCCGCCUUUUCGCGCCUGGCAGCAUGGCCAGCACUGCUUUCUAAAUGCCAUCGUACCAGAGAUACCCACAGAAACUAUAUGCCCAUUGCUCCUGUCUACUCAUACUUAUAUUCAUGCCUACAGAAAACUCAUGAUCGAACAUGCUCCAUACACUGUUGCUGAAGAGCAGAUACAGACCGACACCAUCGCUGUGAUAACAUACAGAGCUGGUGUCACAUAUUUGAUGCAAUCGAAGGACACGAGGACACGGACAUGAUUUUGUAUGUAGAUACGAUAUAAUAGAAAGAGAAUGAGUGGGGUGGGCUGGGGUGCACUGGGCUGGGCUUACCAUGAGUGUUUUGCUGCCUUAUGACCUGAUGGUGUUGCCUUCACAAAUCAAGAAACUGGGCUUGUACCAGUGCUUCAGAUGCGGAGUGGAUGGACAGGCGUUGCUGCACUUUUGUGCCCUGUGGCACUAGCAGUGGAAUGAAGUGUUAUUUUCACACGAUUUACAGGUGGAUGCACUUUUCAAUCUGCAGAGUAUGUGAUUAAGCUUGUCCUCUUUGUAAAGAGUUCUUAUGUUUGUUUUGCAAACGUAAGUUGGUAGUGGGAAUGGGCUCAGGAGUGACAUUGCUCCUCAGGGCGAUGGGGAGACAGAGUGUAUGUGUGUGUGUAUGUGUGUGCGUGUGUUUUAAAGGGUGAGUCUGUAUUAGCGUAACAGUGCCAUCAUUCCAUACUGUCAUUAUGUAUGCUUUACUGACACAGUAUGUAUAAUCCAAUGGACGUGUACAUGUUUUUUUUAUUGUGUUGUAAUUUAGUUUAAAACAAAUGUUAAUACACAAACCUAAAGGUUUGAGUGCUAACAACUUAUAAAACUUCACCACACACUACCUGAGAUUUGAGCCAACGGCGAUGUAUCUGAAAAGAUAUCUGCUGUAAAAGUGGUGAAGCUGUUUAUAUAUAUAUAUAUAUAUAUAUAUAUAUAUAUAUAUAUAUAUAUAUAUAUAUAUAUAUAUAUAUAAUCUUAAAAACAUUUAAACUGUGGUGGACUUGGAACAGGUAUAGACAACUUCUUCAUGCACGCAAUCUUUCCAAUGGCCCUAUUGCAUUAUGAAGAAGAUUCAUAUCGGAGCAUUCAUCGAGUGCUACUUGACACGCAGGUUCUGUGCUAGAACCUGAACUUCAGUUUUUAAUUGACUUGUAUCUUCAGCUGACUUUAUGUUAAGACUUUUGAACGGACAAAGAAAGCCUCCUCAAUGUACAAGUGCCUCAAAUGACUGGGGAGUGACUACAAUAAGAAGUAGACUUUAUUUAAAAUUCAGAAUAAGCAGUUUAAAAUCACAAACUGCAACACAGAUUUAAGUAUUUUUCUUUAAGACGUACAGAUUGUGCAGCAUUAAGUGAUUUAUUGUUUUUUUAAGAAGAAGUAUAUUGUCUGAUAAGGAUCUUGCCGACAUCAGGUGUAAAAAAUUAAAAUGAGAAAAAAAAAACGUUUCUGUCAUUCUUGAAUAAAUGCCAAAUGAGAAUAUAUGAAACAAACAUCUAUCACACAAAUAACAACUUUAUUUCACAAGCAUGGGCACAAGCAAUUCAGCGGAAUUUCUACUAUAUUU